AUGUCUAACCAAAAUGAACAACAAUGGGAAAGAGUUCAAGAACAGGUAUUUAGAAAUUGGAUUAAUUCAUUAGUAAGUCAAAAGGGAAUAGGAGUAGUAAAUAAUAUUAAAACAGGAUUAACACCUACUUGUUUUAAGGAAUUUGCAGAGAUAUUAGUUGGAAAAAGUAUUGGGAAGAAAUUAAAUAAUGGGAAUGGAAGAAUCUAUGAUAUUAAUAACUAUUCAGAAAUUUUAGGCUUUUUAAAAGAAAAUAAUAUUGAUGUUGCAGGAUGUUCAGCAGAAAAUAUGGCAGAUAGUGAAAGUGGAUAUAAAUUUAUUCUUGGAAUGAUGUUUUCAUUAUAUAGAAAGUAUUGUAUUUGUAGAAGUGUUUCAGAUGAAAGUAAUACAUUCAAAACAGGAAAUAAAAUAGAUAAUAUGAUUUGGAAUUGGGUUAAUGAAAAAGUUCAAGGGUAUGGACUUCAUGUUGAUAAUCCAUCAACAUCAUUUGGAGAUGGAAGAAUCAUACUUGCUCUUGUUGAUAGUUUUAUGGGAAAUCAAAUUUAUCAAAGUUAUCAAAAUUGUAGUAAUGAAGAAAGAGUUAAAAAAGGUAUUGAAAUGGCACAUGAAAAUAUGGGAAUUGAAGAAUUAUUUAGUGUAGAUGAAAUAGUAAAAUGUCAAACAGAUGAACGAGCAAUGAUGUUAUAUAUCUCAUUAUUUUCACAAGUCUUUAAAACAAAAGAAAUGAUGGAUAAGCAAAACAUGAGUUAUGUUUCAAGAGAACGAGAGACAGAAGAAGUUAUGAAAAGACAACAACAAGAAAUAGAAGAAAAAGAGAAACUUCUUAAACAACAAGAACAAGCAUUUGAAGAAGAGAAAAGAGCUAUGAAUUGUAAUCUCCAAGAGCAGAUGGAACAACAGAAAAUUGAACAUCAAAAGGAAUUAGAAAGAAUGAGACAAGAGCAAGAAAAUAUGAGAUUAGAACAAGAAAAAUUAAGACAAGCACAACUAAAAGAAUUGGAAGAACAAAAACAACAAAUGAUGAAAGAACAACAACAAAUGAAAGAACAACAAGAACAAGAGAAAUUAAGAAUGCAACAAGAAUUAGAACACAACCAAAAAAUGAUGGAGGAACAAAAACGAAGAAUGAUGGAAGAACAAGAAAGAAUCAAACAAGAAAGUCAAUGUCCACCAAUGCAAGGAUUUCCACAACAACAACCAAUGCAAGAAUAUCCACAACAACCACCUAUGCAAGGAUUUCCACAACAACCGCCAAUUCAAGGCUAUCCACAAGAAAAUCAAUAUCCACCAAUACACGAAAAUCCACCACAAGCACCAAUUGGACAAGGAAAUGUUUGUUAUGUAGAAUUUGGAGGACCUGUUCCACCACAAGCACCUAUGGGAAUAGGAAACAAUGGAUAUAUGGGAUUUGGAGCAGCUGACCCAAUGGGAGGAAAUAUUUAUCCACCUGGACAUCCAUUAUAUGGAGUUAAUACAACAACAAGUUAUCCAUAUUACUAA